ACUUGCGCCAUGGGUUCAGUCUUGGCUUGGAGAGGAAUCGGUUCGGAUCGGUCUAUUAGCUGUGCAGCCCGAAACGUGUAGUGACGCAGUGUUGUAAUCAGCCACUAACGGUCAUUUAGUAUAGCUGUUGCUCCGUUUCAAGGCACCUAAUCUGCUGAAAUCAAAAAAGCUCCACGACAAGUGAUAAUUAAACUCGCGGUGUGCCUGUAGAUAACAACGGCAGCAACCGCGGCAGCGUGUAGUGAUUAAGCAUCUUUGGCCGGUGAAGUGUAAAAUGUGAUAUAAUAUUGAACUGAUCUUCAGAAACCAAACAAGUGGCAUUUCUUCGAGACGGCAAGAAAAACCAGACGGUCGGUCAGAAUGAUAGUGGAACUUACGCUGAAACAAAAAACGGCGACACUGACAUGCAUCACAGCUGCAGCCUGUGCGUUGUCAUUAACGAUCGGCAAGAGCAUUGUCCCGCAGGCGCUGCUGUCCGGCAUCGUCAUGUAUCUGCUCAGCGGCGAUCGGCCCACGGUGGUAUACUCAACGUUCCGAACGAUUCCCAGGGACGCCAAGGCUGUGGUGGCUUUUCUCCGGCUGAACUUUGCGCUUCAUGUGCGUCAGAAGCGCAAGACGGUGGUGCAAAUCUUCGAGGAAAACGCUGCCCGCCACCCGGCCAAGUUGGCCCUUAUCAUGGACGACACCCGGCUGACUUUCGGCGAUAUGAAACAGCUAUCGGAUCGCAUCGGUAGCUUUUUCCACCGGAAAGGAUUCCGCAAGGACGACGCGGUAGCGCUGAUGAUGGAAAGCUGCCCCAAGUAUCCGUGCGUUUGGCUCGGGCUGGCCAAAUUGGGGGCCGUAACUGCUCUGAUCAACACCAAUCUGCGGCGGGAAACGUUGAGACAUUCGAUUGUGGCGGCCAAUUCGAAAGCAAUCAUCGUUAGCUCCGAGAUGGCUGGUGCAAUUGCCGAAGUAUUAGACCAGGAAGGAGUGAAAGGUCUUCCAAUUUUCGUAUAUGGCACGGAACAAUCACCGGAACCAGUAAAAUGUGUGCAACUACCAGAUGCCGUCGACCUGAGGCACGCUUUGAAUGACGUUCCGAGCGAUGAAGACUUGAGCGCUAUCUGGAAUGAUAUAUCACCGAGAGAUAAAUUAGUGUACAUCUACACGUCCGGUACGACCGGGAUGCCUAAGGCGGCUGUGAUCACUAAUUCCAGAUUUAUCAUGAUGGGCAGUGGGGCUUACUACAUGCUGAACCUGCAGACCGACGACAUCAUUUACAACCCAUUGCCACUGUAUCACUCCGCGGGCGGAAUGGUCGGUAUGGGUUGCAUCAUGCUGUGCGGUUUGACCGCUGCCCUAAGGAAGAAGUUCUCAGCUUCAAACUUCUUCACGGAUUGUAUCAAGUACAAUUGCACGGUUGCACAAUAUAUCGGCGAAACUUGUCGGUUUGUGUUGUCCACUCCUGCAAAGCCAACCGAUACGCAGCACCAUGUUCGUGUCAUGUUCGGCAAUGGGCUGAGGCCGCAAAUCUGGACCCAGUUUGCGUCACGUUUCAGCGUCAAGCAGAUAGCCGAGUUUUACGGUUCGACCGAGGGGAACUCGAAUUUGAUGAACAUCGACAACACAGUUGGAGCAGUUGGAUUCGUGCCGGCAUUUGCCCGAAGGUUAUAUCCUGUUACUUUAGUGCGUUGUGAGGAAGAAACUGGAGAAGUUAUUCGUAAUGCUGAUGGAUUUUGCAUCCGCUGCAAACCCGGCCAAUCGGGAGUGUUUAUCGGGAAAAUUAACCUCAAAAAUGCACUCAACUCGUUUGUUGGAUACGCAGAUAAAAAAGCGUCGGAGAAAAAGGUGCUACGAGAUGUGUUUACCAAAGACGAUAUGUAUUUUAAUUCGGGUGACAUUUUGGUAGAAGAUUUAUUCGGAUAUUAUUACUUCAAAGAUCGCACUGGGGAUACGUAUAGAUGGCGAGGAGAAAACGUUGCAACAUCCGAAGUUGAAGGAGUAAUUACCAGUAUAGUUGGGUUGAAGGACUGUGCCGUGUAUGGAGUUGAAAUUCCGGAGGUUGAGGGUAAAGCAGGAAUGGCGGCCAUCGUAGACACCGAAGGGAAACUAGAUGUGGAGCAGUUGGCCGUCGGAAUACGCGCUUGCUUGCCACCCUAUGCCCGGCCGCUGUUCAUCCGAGUUUUAUCGGAGCUUCCCAUGACGACCACUUUCAAACUAAAGAAACGUGACCUGCAGCUGGAUGGCUAUGAUAUCAGGAAAAUUAAGGAUCCCAUUUAUUUUCUGCAAGGUAAUGGCACUUACCGGGUGUUUAGCCAAGCAGAUUAUGACGUUGUGAGUAGUGGUAAGGGAAAAUUCUAAUUCUAACACACGCUAGUUGGAAGCAGCUGUACCACAGACUAACAGACGUAACACUGAAACCCCAUUCCAUCGCCAAUAAAAACGAUCAUUUCAAAUCUUCACUUAAGCCAAGACUCAAACAACAGUCGCUGCGCGAGAACACCGCUCCCCUGCGCUGGCGCUGUUGUCAGAUAAUAUACAAGUAAAUUUAUAGCAUUGAUAACUUUAUAGUAACUCACUCUGCGUAGCGCGAAGACGGCACCAGGUGAUGCUAGUGUGUUUUCCAAGUUUUAGGGGUGUCAUUGAAACGAUGUUUUGUUAGAAAAUUUGUUCGAGGUGUUACGUCUGUUAGUCUAUGGCUGUACCAUGCAUCGAAAAGACAUUUUUUGUCACAAUGUUCAAUUGACUGAUAGAUAUUUUUUAGAACUAAUCAUGUUGAAUAGCUUAAGAGUGAUGAUAUUAUUUUAACUAGAAUAAUUUAUCUUUAACACAAUUUUGUCUCCGCUAUAGAUGAACGUUUUGUCGUAAUUAAAGCA